AUGGAGGUGGCUCAGUCUGAGGAGGAGACCGUCUCACUGACUCUUUUCACGGCUCUGUCCUUUCCUCCAGACAGAGAGAAGUCUCACUCUGAGCGCGGCUGUUUCCAUGUGGAGUAUGAGCUGCUGCCCAGAGACACAGUCAGGCUGGACCUUCUGUUGUUUGGACCUGUGGCCAAGAUUUACAAGGAGGACCAAUCCAAGGUCCUACAAACCUGGAGUGAGGCAGGGCAGACGUGGCUCGGAUGGACCCAGGACCUGAGCGUGAACCUCUGCAGAGACAAAACUAUUCAGAUCCUUCAGCAUCAGAGCACGGUCCACAUCUGGAACCAGAGAGACCAGCUGGGCCUCCAGGCUCGCUCCGACAGGAUGGGGAGGGCCCGGGUCAUGAUGGAGGACAUGGAGACCUGUGAUGGUGUGAAGUCGAUGGUGUCAGAGAUGAGACGUCUGAGUCCAAAGGAUCGUUCUACAGCGACGUGUGACUCAGAAGGUCCUGCUUCUCUGCACUUCAGCCCCAUCAGGCUCUUAGCAGGAGAACGGACUCUGAGCCACUGGGCCUCGCUUCGCUGCUGCGGCGUCAUCGACUUUGUGAUCCACGUUUCUCUCCACAAACCUUUGUUGUCGGACGCUUUGGAAACGGAUCUGAACCCAAUGGUCCUCACCGUCCUGUCAGCGAGCUCCAUGCCCCCCGCCCCGGUCCAGGACCAGUGCCUGCCUGUGCACUGCCAGUACUCAUUCCUCAAUCUCCCAAAGCACAAGACUAAUUACGAAAAACACGGCGCAAAAAUCCACUUCAACGACAUGAACGUGAUCCUCACUGGUUUGCUGAAUCCCCAAGACCUCCACGAGUUUCUCUCCGGACCCCCCAUGCAGAUAGAAGUCCACGACCGCGACAGGAAGCCGGCCCGCUGUGGUCUCGGAGGUCAAACCAGAAAGAAGAAAGAACCGUUUGAUUCUUACGGCGUGGCGGGCCUCAGUCUCUCAGAGCUUCUCCUCGGAGCGACCGACCUCAAAGUCUGUCUCCCAAUCAGAGGCUGCAGACCGGACCUGGACCCGUCGGUCCCACCCGGUCCUUACGUCGAUGCAAACUCCCAGCUCAGAGUGAGAGUGAAGCUGGCGCGUCCUCUUCAGCUCUGCAGCCACGGAGCGGAGUUUGGCCGUGUGGUCUGUGUGUUCGGCUGCGACGAUGUGGAAGGGAUGGAAAAGCUCCGGCUGCAGAUCCUGAAGAGCAACAGAGACGCCUUUGACCUGGACCAGAACGACACCGAGAGCUCAGAGAACGCUCUGUCCAACCUCGCCACUCGGUUCCAACACAGUCUGGGAUCUCAGACCGGUCUGGACUUUAUCUCCGGGUUCCAUGUGGUCGACACCAAGACUCACAUCGUUGUAGUUGAAGGACUCAGACGAGAAGCUGUGAAGAGACUCCUGGAAACAGUUUUUAAGGAGCGACGCAGGAGUAAACAGCAGGUGGUCUGUGAUCCUGGUCUGUCUUUCUCCAAACGCCUUUACCCCAGACUGGACCUGAGCCUGAGGCCGGUCCUGCUCCCACAGACUCUGGACUCCAUCAUGAAGCAGCCGCUCGUCUUCGUCAGAGGCAUCGUCCCCUCGUCCUGUCUGCAGGGUCUCCUCAGGUACACGCCAACGAGAUCCACAGGGUCUGCUCAGGUACACGCCAACGAGAUUCACAGGGUCUGCUCAGGUACACGCCAACGAGAUCCACAGGGUCUCCUCAGGUACACGCCAACGAGAUUCACAGGGUCUGCUCAGGUACACGCCAACGAGAUUCACAGGGUCUCCUCAGGUACACGCCAACGAGAUUCACAGGGUCUCCUCAGGUACACGCCAACGAGAUCCACAGGGUCUCCUCAGGUACACGCCAACGAGAUCCACAGGGUCUCCUCAGGUACACGCCAACGAGAUCCACAGGGUCUGCUCAGGUACACGCCAACGAGAUCCACAGGGUCUGCUCAGGUACACGCCAACGAGAUCCACAGGGUCUCCUCAGGUACACGCCAACGAGAUCCACAGGGUCUGCUCAGGUACACGCCAACGAGAUCCACAGGGUCUGCUCAGGUACACGCCAACGAGAUCCACAGGGUCUCCUCAGGUACACGCCAACGAGAUCCACAGGGUCUUCUCAGGUACACGCCAACGAGAUCCACAGGGUCUCCUCAGGUACAGCACGCCAACAAGAUUCACAGGGUCUCCUCAGGUACACGCCAACGAGAUCCACAGGGUCUGCUCAGGUACACGCCAACGAGAUUCACAGGGUCUGCUCAGGUACAUGCCAACGAGAGCCACAGGGUCUGCUCAGGUACAGCACGCCAACGAGAUCCACAGGGUCUGCUCAGGUACACGCCAACGAGAUUCACAGGGUGUGCUCAGGUACAGCACGCCAACGAGAUUCACAGGGUCUGCUCAGAUACACGCCAACGAGAUUCACAGGGUCUGCUCAGGUACACGAGAACGAGAUCCACAGGGUCUCCUCAGGUACACGGCAACGAGAUUCACAGGGUCUGCUCAGGUACAGCACGCCAACAAGAUCCACAGGGUCUCCUCAGGUACAGCACGCCAACGAGAUUCACAGGGUCUGCUCAGAUACACGCCAACGAGAUUCACAGGGUCUGCUCAGGUACACGCGAACGAGAUCCACUGGGUCUCCUCAGGUACACGGCAACGAGAUUCACAGGGUCUCCUCAGGUACACGCCAACAAGAUCCACAGGGUCUCCUCAGGUACAGCACGCCAACAAGAUCCACAGGGUCUCCUCAGGUACACGCCAACGAGAUUCACAGGGUCUCCUCAGGUACAGCACGCCAACGAGAUUCACAGGGUCUCCUCAGGUACAGCACGCCAACGAGAUUCACAGGGUCUCCUCAGGUACAGCACGCCAACGAGAUUCACAGGGUCUCCUCAGGUACACGCCAACGAGAUUCACAGGGUCUCCUCAGGUACACGCCAACGAGAUCCACAGGGUCUCCUCAGGUACAGCAUGCCAACAAGAUCCACAGGGUCUCCUCAGGUACACGCCAACGAGAUUCACAGGGUCUCCUCAGGUACAGCACGCCAACGAGAUUCACAGGGUCUCCUCAGGUACAGCACGCCAACGAGAUUCACAGGGUCUCCUCAGGUACAGCACGCCAACGAGAUUCACAGGGUCUCCUCAGGUACACGCCAACGAGAUUCACAGGGUCUCCUCAGACUGUCGCAGCUGCGAGAGGUCAGGACCCUCAGAGACGCAGUGAAGCUCGACCUGUUCCCCUCAGAGGAGAUGGUUCAGAGUCUGAGGACACUUUACCAAAGGCAGCAGCAGCAGCAGCAGCAGCAGCAGGAACCCUAA